AUUCCUUGACGUACACACACACAGGCACCAGCCACGGUCAGUCGCUCCCAUGAUUACCCCAGUAAAAGUGUUCAAGAAAUCCGCGCCAAAUGGUAAGUUGACAGCGUACCUAAGUCAGCGGGAUUUCGUCGACAACAUAACCCAUACGGCUCCGGUAGAUGGCGUGGUCGUUGUGGACAAUGACUACCUUCACGGCAGGAAGGUGUUCCUUCGCUUGGCCGUCACCUACCGCUAUGGGCGCGAGGAGGACGAGGUUAUGGGACUCCACUUCAGCAAGGAGAUGGAGCUGGUCAAGUGGGAGGUGGUGCCCAAGGCUGAGGACGACCAACUGACGGAUACAGUGAUUCGUCUGUUGCAGAAGUUGGGGAAUGAGGCGAGACCCUUCAGUGUUAAACUACCGCAGAACGCCCCUUCCUCUGUCACCCUUGAACCCGGAGCUGAGGGCACGAACAAGAAACUCGGGGUGACCUACGACCUGAUGUUUUACGUGGCAGACAACGAGGAGCUGACACACCGGCGUAACUCUGUCAACCUCGCUGUCCGUAAGAUCCAAUACGCCCCGGAGAAACCUAACGGACGUCAGCCUCAGAUCAUCGUCACCAGGAGCUUCACCCUUCAUCCUGGGAAGCUGAAACUCGAGGUGUACCUUGAACGUGAUAUAUACUUCCACGGUCAGUCCCUCCAACCUCACGUGAAAGUGACCAACGCCUCCAAGAAGACCGUCAAGUAUAUCUUAGCUCAGGUCAUACAACACGUCGACAUCACAAUGACUAACACCAGUCUGAGUCGCAUCGUCGCCUCUAUCGAGUCCCGUGAAGGCUGCCCCAUCACCCCUAACACUAACUACUCCAGGUCGAUCGUCCUUACACCCCUAGCCUUCAGGGCCUUUGGGGUGGCCCUUGAUGGUCAAAUCCAAGACAAAGAUGCUAACUUAGCCUCCUCAACUAUGGUCACCGCCAGUAACAGCAUCGGGGACGCCUUAGGGAUCAUCGUUUCAUAUACCUUACGUGUUAAACUCAACUGUGGUGCAUUAGGGGGAGAAUUAACUACCCAAUUGCCCUUUAAGUUGAUGCAUCCCCAACCGUCCUCCUCUGACAGUAAACCGACGCUGAGUAAGACACAGUCAGUGGAUGAUAACCUGGAGAUAGAGGAGUUUAAUGUACUGAGGCGAGGACAGUCUGUUACUGAUGAGCUGGACGACUGAUGUACCGGACUCCUCUAUAACCUAAUCUAACCUGACUCGCCUAAACUAUAACCUAACUUAACCUGACCUUCUCUUAACUUUAGUUAUUCUAAGUUAACUACAGCUGUCCUAACUUAAACAUAUUAACCCAAAUCAAUAUGUUAUACUUAAUUUAACCUAUCCUUACUAAACCUAGCCGAACUCAACCUAUCCUAUAUUAGCUUAACUUGACCUAGAAAUUAAGGACCCACUCGUAAUUAACACUACCAGCUUCUUAACCUCUCUGCUACAUCCCCCUAACUUAGUAUUGGUGAAAACUAUAAUAACUUCUACAUUAAAGACCAUUUACCUAUCAAUGUAGUAAAGUUAAUGACAUUUGAGCUUGCAUAUAUUCUUAAAGCCAAUUAACUUAUGUAGUGAAAGUUAAUGGAUAUUCUCUAUAAUUUUGCGCAUUAAACUUCAUAACGGAAAAUUAAUACAGUCAGCCUCUGUAACUUGUUUAUCAUAUUAAAGUAAAUUGAUAUAUUUGUAUUUUCGUCAACUGUAACUUACGAAUUAUCGACAAGUUAAUAAACGUUUUCUUUGCUUGUU